AUGAGUGCAGGUCAAGGCAAUAUUUCUAUCGGAAUGCGUGACUCUCAGUUUGUCUCUUUCUCUCUAUACAUAUUUCUCCAUUUAUUUAUUGCUUUAAAAAAUAGCAUCUCGUUCAAACACUUUCUCUCCCUCAUCUCUUCAUCUCUCUCUCUCUCUCACUCUCUUCCCCCUCUCUCUCUGUCAGAAUGCUGCUUUUGGUGUGUUAUCUAUCUAUCUAUCUAUCUAUCUAUCUAUCUAUCUAUCUAUCUAUCUCUUACUCUCUAUCUAUCUCAGCCUGCCUCAUCUCUGUGUUUCUUUAUCUAUCUAUGCAUCUCAGCCUCUCCCAUUCCUUUUGUUUCUCUAUCUCGGUCUCUCUCAUCUGCCUCCUUAUCCAUAUCUAUCUAUCUAUCUAUCUAUCUAUCUAUCUAUCUAUCUAUCUAUCUAUCUAUGUUUAUCGCUCUGCACCUAUCUCCCCUAUAUAUGCUUGUCUCACUCAUCUCCCUUUCUUUCUUUCUUUCUUUCUUUCUUUCUUUCUUUCUUUCUUUCUUUCUUUCUUUCUAUCUAUCUAUCUUCCUUCCACUUUCUAUUACUCACCCUCCAUUUGUUUUUAUUAGUCUUCUUUUCUUCUUCUUUCUCUUCCUUAUCUCACUAGUUUCCUUAUCUUUAGAUGACUUUUACUCUUCCAUUUCUCUCUCUCUCUCUCUCUCUUCUCCUUUCCACCCCUCUUCUCAUACCGUCUCAUUCAUUUCUUCUCUGUUUGGAUACCCGUCACUGCCCACUCUUAUGAAUGGUUCAUGGCUUUUCUUAAUAAAUUCUUUAUCCUUUGACACCUUUCAUCUUUUUUUUUUACUCUUCCCGCUAGCCAUUUAUUUUUUCAGCCGUUUUUUGCGUCUUUUCACUUUCGUAGAAUUAUUUUUUCAUGUCAAAGACUCCACUUGCCGCUCGAAGAUAAACGUCUAA